CCGAUUCGCACCUACGAAUUCGAAUCCAGGCCAAACCACUUACGAUUUAUAGUUGAGAAAUGUGUCGUUGAUGAUCAGCUUAACAGUAUCUUUCCAGUGUUGGGUAUUCCUCAUGAUUAUGGUAUUGAUUUGUGGUCUAUCGCAGUGACUAUUUAUGAAGUUUACACGGGAAAAAUCAUGUUCCCAGGAAAAAGCAACAACCACAUGCUUAAGCUUUUCACAGAGGUGAAAGGGAAGUAUCCGAACAAGCUUGUUCGAAGAGCUCAGUUCCGCGAUCAACAUUUCGACGCCAACUGCAACCUCCUCUACCAUGAAGUCGACAAAGUUACCCAACGAGACAAGUUGACGAAUUUUUUAGUCACAGUUCUAUCCAACAUAAGAAUUACUCGGAAUUUGGAGUUGGAACUAUUGGGAGAGCAAGAUCUUGACCGUGAUGGAAUAUCUCAGGUUCAUUCAUUCCGCUCACUUUUGGAGCAAAUGCUGAUAUUGGAACCAGCGAAGCGAAUAACCUGUGGUGAAGCUAUUAAGCAUCAUGUCUUUCCAAUAAGUAAAAGCCGACGGGAUAAAUGGGGAUACGACACAGAGUGA